ACUGCAUUGUGGGAUACCUUCCUAUCAUGGCGGAAGAGCGAGCUGGCUAACGUUGUCUGUACUCAUCGCGAUUGUUUGGUUUCGCACGUUUUUAGGAAUCACGACAGCGGCGACUUGGCUUUUUCCACUCCAAAACUACGGACUCUGGACCUAAACUGGUGUUGAAGGAGUAAUACCGGUUUCCAAAAAAGCGCCUGCAACCGAUCAAAUGGAGUGUGCAGUUGAUGUUCCAGCUGGUGAGGACGAGACAACAGAGAAAGACGACGUAAAUUCCAAGGAAACGACUGAACCACCCCACAAGAAAAACAAGAAGCACAAAAAACACAAGAACAAGAAGAAAAAGAAGAAGAGAAAGGGUGAAAAAGAUAGCAGCUCCGAGUCCGGUGCGGAGUCAGAGGCAGAACCAACACCGUCACCAAAACCUGUUCGGACUACCAGAGCCAGUGCAAGGCUGGCAGCUGUGACAAAAACUGGAGAUCAUGUUGGGCUGAAGGAAGACAAAACAGAUUGUGUGGACAAGGAGGGAGAUACAAAAUCUAAAAAACACAAACGACAUGCUGCCAAGAAGAAGAAAAAGAAGAAGAAGAAGGAUGAAAAAAAAUCCCAGUCUCGCUCCUCGUCUGAUAGCAGCUCAGGCUCAGGGUCUGAGUCUGAAAUGGAGGCACGUGCAGCAACAGGUGAUAGCAAAACCUCCCUGGCUGUAGCACCUGGCAGGCAUGAGCCAGUGACCAGAAUGUCAACAAGAAACAAACGAGGUGAGGAGAAAGAAGUUCUAAACCUCAUGCCGAAUCCUGAACCACCUCAAGUGAAAAAUGAGGGCAUUGACGAUGUGGCUGUUUCCCCUAAAGUAGAGAAGACCGCAAACGAUAGUCACACCAAUGGAACAGAAAACGUUAUCAAACCGCCAUUGCCUUGUCAGGAUGAGAUAACACAGACAGCAACAAUUCAGGUAAAGGAAGAAGCCUGUAUAGGUGAUGGUAUUUUCAGCCAUGAACUUCCUGAUAUUAUUCCCAAACAGGAAGGUAAUACACCCAAAGAUGAGCCAAUACCGAAAGAGGAUUCAAAUGUAAUGCAGCCAGCAACAUUAAAAGAAUCAGAUACACCAAGUUCAGAAUCUCCCAUGUCAGUAGCGGGCCCGGACAUUAAGCGGUCUGGAUCACAACAUAGUCGGUCACCAUCACCAACUCUUCCUAAGCAAAAUAAUGAUGGUCAAGCUGCAGCGACAACAGAAGAACCACCUGGAAAUGAUUCAAGAUCAGCCUCAAAGGACAAGAAAUCUCCUACGCCUCUAAAAAAUCGUCAUUUGUCUCGCUCUGUCUCUCGGUCUCAGUCUCCUAAACCAAGGAAGAAGUCUGUCUCCCCAUCCUCCAAGUCUCCUAAGAAAGCUAGACAUCAAUCACGGUCUAGCUCUCGUUCCCUGACCCCCAAGAAGAAGGCAUUAAAGUCACCAAGGAAAUCAAAGUCUCCAAGACGUCAAAGGAGCUCCUUGUCUGUUUCCCCAAAGCGACAUAGAAGUCCUCUGUCUCCAAAAAGAAGAGUCUCGAGAUCACCAAAGCGUAGCGGGCGCAGGUCUCGUUCUAGAUCUCGAUCUACAAAGCGAAGCCGGAAGAGGUCGGGGUCCCGAUCACGAGGAGGCUUGAGGCGCUCCAGAACCCGCUCGCCCAGACGUAGCGGUGCAGGCAGUAGGCGCUCACGGUCACGCUCCGUUAUCAAAGCUCGUCGCUCCAGAUCGAGACGCCCUUACCGCCGCUCCAGGUCGCGUUCCUUGGCUAAACGUGUUGGUGGCAGACGCUCAAGUCGAUCUUUGUCGCGACAUAGGAGGUCACCACCUCCAAGAUCCCGUCGCUCACGCUCCCGAUCUGCCCGCAGGAGCAGGCGGUCUCGAUCACGUACUCCUAUAACCUACAAACGUCAUCGCCGCUCGAGAUCAAGGAGCCUCCGUAAGCGGACCAAAUCCCGAACCCCUACAUCUCGCUGGCGCUCCAAAUCCAGGUCCCCGAUUAGACGGCGCUCUCGGUCCCCAGCUAGGAGAAAGCGGUCUCCACCACCAAGGUCUAGCAAACGCUCAAAAUCCCGCUCAUUGCCUAGAAGGCACCGCUCAAAGACGCGUUCACCACUACCGAGCCGAAAGAGGUCCAAGUCUCCAAGGAUCAUCAGCAGAAGGUCCAAGUCAAAAUCUGUCUCUGUUGGCUUGCACAGAUCCAAGUCCAGGUCCCGGUCUGAGUCAAGCGAUAGGCCGUCUGAUAGCUCGUCCCCUGCCAGAUCCACUUCAUCCCUUCCCAUUGAGGAGAAGACAUCCUCUUCUCCCCAGGCAGAGCCACAACCAACCCAAGAACUGACGGCUGCAGAAGAUGAAGUGGUUUAUCCAGCAGUUACUACAGGUGGUUGGAAACCUGUGACCUCAUUCGGUCCUCCCAGUCCCCUUGCUACUAUCUCUAUGGAUGAGUCCCAGGAGCCACCUGAGGACCCUGUGGCCGUCCCUGAACAAGAACAGAACGAAGAGGAGGCGACAAGCUUAUCCCACGAACAAGACGUCUCUGGCUCUGGCUCUCAGGAGCCUGACCCUGAGCCAGAUGUGUCUGAUGGUUCUGAAAGGUCAGGCGAAGAGAGAGAUUCUUCCUUGCCUGUUGAAACAGAAUCCAAAUUCCAGAGAUGUUCCUCUGGUUCACCGUCUCCUACAAGGCAGAACAAAGAGCUCUCACGUUCACCUACAAAUAUAAGAGAACCUUCUCGGUCAGCUUCGCCCCGAAAAAGGUCCAAGUCACCAGUCAGAAAAAGAGAAUCUGUCUCUCCGCUAGAAAAGAAGAAGCGUCGCUCAAAAUCGCGGAGUCCUGGUCGGCGCAGAAAAUCUAGCCCUUCUCGUUCCAGCACCCGACGCAAGCGAUCCCGUUCCAAGUCUCGAACCAGGGCACGCCGAUCCAAGUCUCGCUCUCAAAUCCGCAAGAAGCGAUCCCGCUCACCCAACGCCAGAGUGAGGAAAAGAUCCAAGUCCACUGACAGGAACAAAAGAUCGCGGAGCCGCUCAGCAGCCCGCAAGAAAAGGUCUAGGUCAGGCGACAGGGGUAGGAGGUCCAGGUCUCGCUCAUCUGAGCGAAGACGGCGGUCGAGGUCGAGAGGGCGAGGGAGACGUCCAGUUACAGUGUUUCGCAGUCGCUCCUUUGAUAGACGAGACAGGUGGAAGAGGGAACCAAGUCAUUCUCCAGUUCUGAUUUUACGUAAACAGCGCCGUUCAGGAUCCCGGACACGGCGUAGCACUAGCAAGACUCCUCCACGGCUUACGGAACUUGAUAAGGACCAGUUGUUGGAGAUAGCCAAGGCCAAUGCGGCUGCCAUGUGUGCCAAAGCCGGGGUGCCAAUUCCUGAGAGUCUCCGGCCAAAAGCCAUCCUUCAGCUUCCCUUGCCGACCCCGUCACCCACCCCGCUAUCACUUCCUCUACCCUUACCCCUCCCCAUGGGCAUGGGGAUGCCAAAUAUGGGCAAUUUAGGUCCAAUGGGGUUGCCCACUAUUCCAGGGAUGCCCAACAUGUCCAACAUCACCAUGAGUGCGGCCAUGGCAAGCAUGACUGCGGCCACUAUGACGGCCGCCUUGACCAACAUGGGUGCUUUGGCGGCCAUGCCUCCCAUGACCCCACUUCCCACUAUCACCAACAAACCUCCUCCGUGUCUUCUGCCGCCAACCCCAUCCCUGAACCUGGACCACAUCGAGGAAGUGAAAAGAAAGGUCACUCAGCAAGCUAACAUCCAUACCAUAAAGGAGCUGACAGAGAAAUGUAAGAUGAUUGCAAACAGUAAGGAGGAGAUGGCUAUUGCUAAACCGCACCUCUCAGAUGACGAAUAUUAAAGUUUUCAAGCAGUCAAGGCUCUUUCACUGACUAAAGGUUAAACAAACUUUGUGACUUUGGGAGCCACUUCACUGACAGGAAAAUACAACAAAAGCCUUUUUCAGGACAAUAUGCCCGCUGUAGUUCCCUUUUGUUGGAGGUCAGGUGACGUGUCUGAGCCUCACACAAAGUACAAUAGAAGAGCAUCUUAGUUGGUUGGCCUAGCACCAUCCUUUCCUCCCCACUCUGCUCUCCAUAGUUUGUGCGAGUGGGUCGCACCACUGAAGAAACUGAACACAUCGACCUGUGUAUGACUAUAGCGUGAAUGUGAGUGUGUGUAAAUAUAGUGAUUUUCACCGACAUCCCCUCAAGUGUUGCUGCUUAAUUCAAGCAGUCACUGUUGUAAAGACUGAAACCAAACGUAAUAGUUGUGCAACGUUUGUUUUUGUAAAAGAUUUGUCUAAAUUGGUUUUACUUUUAAUGCUUUCUUUCUUUAAGUGUACACUGCUUCCUUGUUCUGCUGUAUUUCCUCUUUAAUCUUUUGUCCUCCCCCUUGUUUUGUUUUUUUAGCAGAUUAAGUUUCUGUCAAUUAAUUGACACAAGCUUGGAUAAAGUUGCAAAAGGAAACCUCAUGUUGUGAAAUCUGAGGUAUUUGGAACGAUGUGGCAGCAAAACCAGAGAGGAGCACACACAAAACAUGACAAAUUCAAUUAGUUCUGCCCUGGUUGUGAUUAUCGUUCUUUUAACGCGGCAGCUAAAUUUAACAGGGAGAUGCAGGGUGAGAGGAAAUAAUUCAUCAUUUUACAUAAUGUAGGACUACUUAUUUGGAGGGAUGCUAUGAACAGCUUGAAACAUCCCUAAGUCAGAAUAUUGUUAGUGUAUCAGACAAUCACCUUCUGUGUUUGGAGAGUCAUUGUUGCUUAUUUGCUUAUCUGCAUAAUUUCAACUACAAUAUGAUGGUUUCGGUCAUUUCCAUUUGCUGUAGUGGGUAUCGGAGCCAUCCACUCGCAACCAGGGCUAUCUUAACCGGAUGGUAAUGUGAAGGGUUUUCUCAGCACAUAACUAAACUGCUCCUCCAUCGUCUUUGAAUGCCUUUGAGGUGAUUUUAUAGCGUGGGGGAAAAAACAAGAAAAUGGCAUUUUAUUAUUUACAUUUUGUUUUGGUCAUUUAAAUAAGACAUUGCUUGCUCUGUAUAUAAAUGUGUUGAUGAUUAUUAAAAACCUCAAUGAUCUGUUCA